UCAUUGUCAUUCAAAUUGACGUGCGGAGCAGGUGUGCGCGUGUUUCCGUUCAUCUGUUCCACGAUGUGGUGAUUCCGCGUUGUUUGAAAUUGUCAAAUUUCGCUCAUUUUUUGACUGAAAACUUCUGUAAAAAUUAUUGUUAAUGUGUGAUAUGUAAUUUAUUUUAUUUUCCGCUAUAUUAAUGAAACAAAUCGUUUGUGAUUAUUAUAAUACGAAACAAAUUUUAGCCGGUCGCAUUGUUUGUCACGCUUUUACAAAAUAUGUAUUUCUAAAUUUUUCUGAAUAAAAGGAGUGUUAAAAAAAUAUUUUCCAACAUGGCAUCAUCACAAAAAGAUAUAGAACUAAGUCCAGUGAAGUCUGACGACAACAAACAGGAGAACAAACCUCACGUAGUGGUACAAAAUUACAAUGCGCCGGUUAACGACGAAGAGGAUGUGAUUAUUGGUAGAUUUCGUAAGAUUAGCUCUGCUAAAUCAAUGGCAGCGACCAACGGGAACAUACAGUACCCCGCUGAAAGUUCAAAGACCGAAGAUAUUGAAGCAGGUCUUCAUUUUAAGAAGGAGAGUAGCGAGAAAGAAAAAUUGUUGCCUAACCCGCAGAGCGAUGUUGUGGACACGCUGCACCCUAAGUCUCCUGUUACCAAGAGUAGUUUCCGAGACAUGGAAAAGCCAUCAAGAUUUAGAGACCAUCCAUCUGCUACAAGAUUUAAGAUGGAAGAUGAGAAAACGGAGGAUGAGGGAUCGGAAGAGUCUGAAGGGUCUGGCAUGGAUAGCGACGACCCUCUAACUGUCACGGACACCAAGUAUACCAAGAGCUUCAGGCAUUUCACCCGGGAAGCAUUACCGAGGCUGGAUAACUACAGGAACGUGUUGUCUUUACACGCGGCGCCCCGUCCCACGCUCGAUGAGCUGCACAACGCUUCACUCUCCAGGAAGCCAGGCCAGACCCUGGAGAAGGACAUGGAUAGUCCGGCGCUGCCUACGCCAAAUAUCAAGUUCGGUUGGAUCAAGGGCGUGCUGAUGCGAUGUUUACUCAAUAUAUGGGGUGUUAUGUUAUUCUUGCGACUCUCAUGGGUCGUCGGACAAGCGGGAAUCAUUCAAGCGAUGCUCCUUAUCUUGACGACGUCAGUGGUGACCACCAUCACCGCACUCUCCAUGUCUGCAAUCAGUACCAAUGGGGUUAUCAAAGGAGGUGGUACUUACUACAUGAUAUCGCGGUCUCUGGGCCCGGAGUUCGGGGGCUCUAUCGGGCUGAUAUUCGCGAUGGCGAAUGCUGUUGCCUGCGCCAUGUAUGUGGUGGGAUUUGGAGAGUCCCUCAUCACUCUGAUACCGGAAUCUGCGUAUAUGGUCAGCAAGAGUUGGGACCAAGCUAUCUACGGCUGCAUCACGAUAGUGCUGCUGACCGGUAUAGUGAUGGUGGGUAUGGAGUGGGAGGCGAAGGCGCAGAUCGUGUUGCUCGUGAUACUGCUGGCCGCCAUCGCUGACUUCUGUAUAGGUUCUAUUAUUGGACCUAAGAGUGAUUAUGAAAUCGCACAAGGAUUCGUCGGCUAUAAUAUGUCGGUGCUGCACAGUAACUUGGCAUCAGACUACCGGUACUUCGAGGGGGUGGAGCACAACUUCUUCUCCGUCUUCUCCAUAUUCUUCCCCGCAGCCACCGGGAUACUGGCCGGCGCUAACAUCUCCGGAGAUCUCAAGGACCCUCAGAAGUCAAUACCGAAGGGUACCCUGCUGGCGAUAGUGCUGACGACGUUGUCGUACCUGGUGAUAGCUCUGAUAGCGGGGUGGUCAGUGCUGCGUGACGCGUCCGGCGACAUCACCGCACUCACUGACUGUGUACACAACACCACCUGCCCAUAUGGACUUCAUAAUAGCAAUGAUGUGAUAAGGUUGGUGUCGGCGUGGGGUCCGCUGAUCUACGGCGGAUGUUUCGCGGCGACGCUCUCCUCCGCGCUCGCCUCACUCGUCUCCGCACCCAAAGUCUUCCAGGCGCUGUGUCAAGACAAGCUGUACCCGUACCUGGAGUUCUUCGCGAAGGGAUACGGCGCCAACAACGAGCCCGUGCGCGGAUAUGUUCUUACAUUUGUUAUAGCUGUUGCAUUUAUAUUGAUGGGUGGUCUGAACCAGAUAGCUCCUCUGAUCUCGAACUUCUUCCUGGCUGCGUACGCACUCAUCAACUUCUCCACAUUCCACGCCAGCCUCGCCAAACCUGUCGGCUGGAGACCUACCUUCAGGCUGUACAACAAGUGGCUGUCGCUGUGCGGGGCGGCGCUGUGCGUGGUGAUAAUGUUCGUGGUGUCGUGGGCCACCGCGCUGCUCACAUUCGCCUUCCUGCUCACACUCUAUCUGCUCGUGUCGCACAGGAAACCCGAUGUGAACUGGGGUUCAACAACGCAAGCGCAGACGUACAAGACGGCUUUAUCCGGCGUACACCAACUCAACAGAGUAACUGAACAUGUCAAGAAUUACAGGCCUCAGAUAUUAGUACUAACGGGCUUCCCUGGUGAGCGGCCCGUACUGUGCGAUUUCGCGUACCUCCUCACUAAGGGACUAUCGCUCAUGCUGUGCGGUCACAUCAGUCAGGGUCAGAUUAGUCACCGCACUCGAGAGGCGCUCACCAACAGAGCGUACCACUGGUUCCUGAAGCGCAAGGUGAAGGCAUUCUACAGCGUCGUUGAUGACGUCAGCUUUAAAGAUGGAGCCAGCGCUCUCAUACAGGCCAGCGGCGUUGGCAAGUUGAAACCUAACAUACUGAUGAUGGGCUUCAAAGAGGACUGGCAGAGUUGUGAUCGCGCAGAGAUCGUAGACUACGUUGAAGUUAUGCAUAAAGCUCUGGACGUGCACAUGGCGCUGGCCAUACUCCGUGUGGAGGGCGGACUGUACAGCGGGGAUGCACUGGACCAGGACCUGCGUAUCUGCCUCAAGGACCUCAGCCUCAAUGACACUGCAGCCUUCUCACGCUCCAUGGGGGACAGCUACAAGGACUCCAAGUCUACCGAGAGCCUCAAUACACACUCGCAAGGCAGCAGCAUGUCCGAUGUGUCUCUCGGUGUGUCCCGCGACCCCUCCGCCAGCAGAGACACGCCGCAACACAAUGAUACUAAGAGCGGCAAGAGUUGGAAGCGCGCGCUGCGAGCUCGGCGCGCUUCCUCGUUCACCUCGGUGGAGCAGUUCACGCGGCGGCAGGCCGGCACUGUCGAUGUCUGGUGGCUGUACGACGACGGCGGUCUGACACUACUCUUGCCGUACAUUUUAUCAACACGGCGCGCCUGGUCCUCCUGUCCGCUGCGUGUCUUCACUCUCGCCAACAAGACCACUGAGAUGGAGAUAGAAGAGAGGAAUAUGGCGUCGUUGCUGUCAAAGUUCCGCAUCGACUACUCAGCGCUGAAGAUGGUGUCGGACGUGAACAAGAAGCCGCGCGACGCCACGCUCGCGUACUUUGACAAGCUGGUCGCGCCAUUCAUGACCACCGAUGACAACGUCGACAAUAUGGGUAUAACGGAGGCGGACCUGGUGGCGGCGCGGGAGCGCACUCACCGACACUUGCGACUGCGCGAGCUGAUAGCGCAGCAGUCUGCCGGCGCGCGGUUGGUGUGCGUCACGCAGCCGAUGCCGCGACGCCGCGCCGUCGUGCCCCCCGCACUCUACCUCGCCUGGCUCGCCGCACUCGCCACCGCCACCGACCGCGUGCUGCUCGUGCGCGGCAACCACGCCGCCGUACUCACCUUCUACUCAUAGUGCCGCCUAAACAACCUCGUGACCAUUCCCAGUGUUACAUCAUUACUUACACGUAAUCCUUUGUUAUAAAAGCUCCUUUCUCCCAAUACCUAUCCACAUUUGGUUAUAAUUAAAUCCCUUUUCCACUAGUGCGACCGUCAUUCGCG